AUGGUUAUGACCUGUGUGCCAGCUGCUAUUGCUACAUUUGUCGAAGUUGCAGGAACAGUGACCAGCGUUGAUGCUAUUCAAGGUACAACUCUCAAUGCUGAUGUAUGCUUUCGGGCAGACACCGGAUACAACAGCUGCUUGACCUUCAAUAUGAAAUCACCAAAUGGAAAAAGUUCUUGUUCUUCAGAUGGUGUCUGGUGUUUUAAGGUGGUCUCUUUUAACACAGGAAGUAUUGAUUAUUCAAUCAUGUUUGCGAACCGAGAAUCUACCGUACAAUCAUCAGUUGAUCCCAAUUUUUCUUGUAUAAAUGAUUUAGGAUUGGCAACUCAAUGUAAUUGGGAGAUUUUUAAUCACGGAUUUGACAUGUAA